CCGCGAGGCCUCGUCGUCAUUAUGAUGAGCGGCGCUGACUCCACGACUGGGCCCUGCCUGGGUUCGAGCCUCCUGCCCUUGCUGGAGACCCUGGAGGACCCCGUCGCCGCGCCGGAGGUGCUGACAGACGCGCUGCUCACCGUCACGAACCGUCUGACUGGUGAGGAAGGGAAAGAAUUUGCAGCCGAAGUUGGAAAACACUUCCCUCAGCUCUGCAAGAUAUUUAAGACAUACAUUCCUACUGAAAGCACAGAAUUGAGCAGUGCAGCCUUACAAGCAUUAGGAUUUUGCGUGUUUAAUUCAAAGAUUGCUUCAUUGCUAAGUGAAGUCGAAAUACAGGAGUUGCUUUCAAUAGUGAACAGUGUUGCUGUAAAGGCAGCGGACAAAAACACUCGCACUAGAGCACUUUGGGUGAUCUCUAAGCAGUCCUUUCCUCCGAGUGUUGUUGGGAAGCUGGUGCCCAGUAUUAUUGGUAUGCUAGAAACAGUACUUAAAGGAGACUUGCAUUCCAUGGUGGUUGAAUAUGAAGCGCUAAAUGUUGUCAUACGACUAAUAGAACAGGCCCCAUCCCAAAUGGAGGAACAGGCUGUGAGGUGGGCCAAGCUGAUAAUCCCUUUGGUUGUCCACUCAGCUCAUAAAGUACAGUUAAGAGGUGCCACUGCGUUGGAGAUGGGAAUGCCACUUUUACUUCAGAAGCAACAGGAGGUGGCAGCUGUCACAGAAGAACUGAUGACUACUAAAAUAAUUCCAGAACUCCAAAAGCUGUUUUCAUCAAAAAAUGAGACUUAUGUUUUGAAAUUGUGGCCACUGUUUAUAAAGCUGCUUGGCAAAGCGCUGCAUCGUAGUGGAAGCUUUAUCAAUUCAUUGUUGCAGUUAGAAGAACUUGGAUUUCGUAGUGGGUCUCCAGUGAUAAAGAAGAUAGCGUUCAUUGCGUGGAAGAGUUUGAUUGAUAACUUUGCUCUAAAUCCAGAGAUCUUGUGCAGUGCCAAAAGACUGAAGCUGCUGAUGCAACCACUGAGUUCCAUCCAUGUGAGAACUGAAGCUCUGGCGCUGACAAAGCUAGAGGUCUGGUGGUAUUUACUAAUGAGGCUCGGACCCCAACUCCCAGCCCACUUUGAACAGGUGUGCAUACCAUUAAUUCAGAGCACUUUAAGCGUAGAUGCUUCUCUACUACAAGGAAAUUCAUCGCGGUUGUCUGUUAAUCAGAGCUUAGUAACAACAGGUUCUGCACAGAAAUCAGGUGCUUUCGCUUUCGUAUCCCCUGCCAAUCCAAGGGUGAAAUUGAAUUCUAGUAUAGGUGGAGUUGUGUCUAUUCCAUCCAUUCAACUUCUAGGAAUUGAAAUGCUACUUCACUUCUUCAUGGGGCCAGAAGUUUUAACUUUUGCCAAGGAAAACAGUGUUGUACUUAGUUUAGAACCUCUUCAGUACCCAGUAAUUGCCAGUCCUUCCUUCUUCUCUAAGCACGCCAGUACAUUCAUAAAUGCGGUUCAGGAUGGUUUCAUUGCAAUUGGAAAAGAUGCUUCUGAUACUAUCCUAAGUGCUAUAUGGAAGGAAAUGAUUGGUUUUGUAAGAGCAGCAAUUGAAUCAGGCAGCAAGAGAGAGCGGCAAAGUUCAGAGGUGCUCACUAUGUUGCUGCAGGCCUUAAAAAACAUUGUCAUGUCAAAUGAGGUGCCUGUAUUAAAGUCACUGUCCCUGAUAGAAAUCACAAUUAAAGAAUUGCCUCCAAAAGUAUUAGGAUCACCAGCAUAUCAGAUCGCUGACAUGGAUCUUCUAAAUGGAACGCCAGCAUUGUUUUUAAUUCAGCUUUCCUUUCGUGAAGAUCUGUUGAAAUGCUGUGUUCAAGAUGAAAGGUUUUUCUUGAACUAUGAGUGUCUUGUUAGAUUUGUUUUGUCUGGACCUACAUCUCCUCUGGCCUUUAGUGAGUCUGUAUUCACAGUUGUUAAUCAAAGUGCGCAGUACCUAGAAAACAAGGAGCAUCUCUGGCGAAUAUGGAGUAUUGUAGUUAACCCAUUAACUGAUUGGAUUAACCAGACAAAUGAAGUAAAUCAAGGUGAUGCUUUGGAACAUAAUUUCAAUGCAAUUUACAGUGCAUUAUUGCUCCCUGUAAACAACAUCUUCCCAUCUUCUGAAUUUCCCCAGUCCACAAUGAAAACAUUGCUGCGUUACUGGUCGGACCUCUAUAAAGCAUUUGCCCGUUGUGCAUUGCUGGUGACAACAGCAGAAGCUGAUUUGUGGUGUGAAGAACUCUGUGCCAAAAUAAUAUCUGGGUUAGAUGAUGAAGCACAUAUUAAUCAGUCCAUGUUGGGCGGUCUCUCUCACAUUGCGUCAGUUAUGGUUGAUUGCAUCGAUUUUGAACCUUAUGGUACUAAAUAUCAGCCAACAAAUAGAUCUCCACAGACACCAACAGACUGGUCCAAAAAGAAGAAAGAUCCCCUUGGGAAGCUGUCAUCUUUAAUUAAACUUUUGAUGAUGUUGGUAAACUCUCUUCAGAUGCUUGCAUCCAAGGAAUCUGGCCCUGAAAAACUGCCCCCUGUUGGUGCUUCUGUUGUUGGUGUUCUCCAAAUCAUCAUUGCCCACAUCUCUUUACCUUCGGUCAUUAGAUCCUUUUUUGGAACAAUUGCGAAACCAGUAGCAGCAUUUUAUGAAAAAAUAAAGUCUACUAAUGCAUCUAGAAUGACAAAUGGGCUCAACAACAAGUUCGAAAAGUUAUUGGCAGAAAGUAUUAGUUGUUGGCAGUCCCACUAUACUGGAUCCUUUGACAGUGAACUAUUACAAGAGCUUUCUCCAUUGCUGUGCAUCAUGCUUUUGACCAAGAAUAAACAGAUACGCAGUCAAGCUGCUCAGUUCUGGAAUGCAGCAUUUGGGAAAGCUGUAACGUUGACUUACCCGGAAGAAUUAAAAUCUGUUUUAUGCCAAGCCAAGCAGAAAAUGCUACUCUCGUUGCCUGGUUUUGAAAGCAUUGAGGUUGUGAGAGAGUCUAAUGGGACAAAUUCUGAUUCUCAGACUGAAAAUUCUCAGUGGGAUGCAAAGAUAAGUGGAAUAGAAGUAAAGCCUAUUAGGAAAAGGGACUCCUUGCUUGCACAGACCAAUGACCUAAAAGACAAAAGUAUUAAUUGCCACGUAACACCUGCAAAGAUGAAGCUGGAAUUCUCACUGUCAAAAGCAAAUCGAAAAGACAUGCUUCUUGAAGAAGAAAAUACUGUUGACUUCGUGUUCAUUCCUCCAGAAACAAAAGAGAGAGUGUUGACAGAGCACCAAAAGGAAGUUCUAAGAACUAAAAGGGUUGAUAUUCCAACUAUGUACAACAAUCUAGAUGCAUCCCAAGACACUGCCUUGUUUUCCCAAUAUACGCAGAGCCAGGAAGAUUCCUUGGAAAAGCCAACCUUAGCAGAUGUAAAAGAAGAAUGCGAGAAGGACAACAAAAUAUCCCAGGAUGAAAAAGUGUCAAGUGGCAUUCCCAAUGAAGUCCCUGAAAAAUGCAAGACAAAUGUACUUCUAGAUGAGAGUAAUUCCACCGCUGCUGAACAGUUAACUAUACUUGGGAAACAGAGCUUAGAUACAAAGUGUGAGGAAUCAGAAAUGUGUGCUCCUAAAUCAGUUCCAGAAGAACGUUCAGUAUUAGAUGAAAGUGCCUCCAAUGCCAGCAACAGUUCUGCUUCUAGUGAUGUCAUUUCAGGAACACCAUCGCCUGUAAGCAGGAGACAGUCCUUCAUAACUCUGGAAAAAUUUGAUAGUUCAGGGAGCAGACCCUUCAGUCCUUCAACUUUCAACAAUAAAUCUGGCGCAUCUGGAAGCAUCUCUUCAGUAGUCAACCAGGAAAGCAUGAGUGUUUUAGAUCCCUCUUCCAAUGGAAAUCCAAAUGUGGAGAAUAAGGAUGCCUUCAAAGUCAAAACAGAAGAAGUUGUCACUAGACCUAAGAGGCCAUAUCUAGGAAUGUUAGAUGCACUAGGGACUUACGUCAAAGUCAAAAAAGCAAAAGAAGAAAAUAAGGCUAAUUCAAAAUUGCAACCGGAGAGCACGAUUGGAAUAAAGAGGUCAAGUCUUAGACAAAAUAAAACAGAUCUUUCAGAAGACAAAAAAACAAAGCUAACCAAGUCAGAUCAGGAGAAAAAUAUUCAAGCACCUCCUGCCAAACGUGUGGAAGACAAACAGGAGUUACUUGGUGAAACACAAGAAGCAGAAUAUUUGCUAGAUAUUCAAUCUCAAGCAUCCAAUUUGAAUGUGACCGGAAGUACAACAGAAAAUAAACAAAUUUUAGACAGUGUUACAGAGACAAAACCAGGGCCAAAUUUAGACUCUAAAGAGAAUACCCCUCCAGAGGUGGCUGUAUCAGGAGAUGCAAUAUCUAACAUUAGCCAAACCUCACCUAAUCAAAAAACAUUAAGGCGUUCUUUAAGGCGGAAGCCAGAAACUGCAGAAGGAGCUGCUGAUAGUCAAGACAAAGAGAAUAGCCAACAGAAAAAAGAUGGGCCUAAAGAUGAUGAAAAAAUUCUGCCAAAGAAGACUUCACAGAGCAAAGAGGCUGCCACACACAGACCAAAGCACGUACCUGAAAAAACCAUUGAUGCACAAAGAAGCGUACAUGGAAGUAGUGCUACAGAAGGGAUCAUCUCAAAGGAAUCCCAUGUUUCAAGAAAUACACAAGAGGAGACUAACACAAGUACUAGAAAAUCUGAAGGCAAUAAUGCAUCUGAUAUUGAUGAUAUGCAGGAUUCUAGUCCAGAUGCAACCAGUGAAAAACCAAAGGGGGUUCCACGAUAUCAUACAAGAAGGGCUUCGCAAGGGUUACUUACCAGCAUAGAAAAUUCAGAAUCCGAUAGUUCUGAAACGAGAGAAGAAGCAACCAAGAGGAAAAGAUCAGGAAGAUGGAAAAAUAAAAGUAAUUCCCUUGAAAGCCAAGUGAAGGAAGAGCUGGAAAGCCAAGAGCUUCAUACUGUAAUAGAAAUCCAGGCCACCUCGGUAGAAAAUAAAGAUGUAAUACAUUCUGAGGGAGAAAUGGAAAUAGCUUUGGUUUCUGAUAAUAAUGAAAAGAGAGACAAAAAUAUUCCAUCUACUGAAUGUUCAGACCUUAAACGAGAUAUUGAUACUCCACAUAGUAGAAACUCUUCGGAUACCAAGAGAAAUGCUGCCCAAAUGCUGACAGAGUCCUCUUCUGAGCCAACUUUAGAAAGCAUUCCAGGAACUAGAACUCUUGAUACAGUUUCUGUUCCUUACCUCAACACAAGCUGUCUUACAGAGGUUACAGGAGAUAGUACUUGUGUUAAUGCUGUCAGUGCUUUUGCUUCAUCUGAGAAAUCUUCAGAGCUAUCUGAAUGCCAGCACAAAAGAAGUAAGCGGACAAGAAGAUCAAAGAGCUGUGACUGCUGUGGUGAAAAGCCAUCGCCACUGUUGGAAAAAUCGCUUAAUGAACAGAAAAAAACAGGUAGUCCAGAAACAAAGUUAAAAGAACAUAAAAGGACACCGAGUAAAGCAGCCGUGGCUGUGUUAUCCAUUCCUGCUGCUGAAGGUUCUCAUUCUGCAGCCAGGCUCAGUGUAGAACCUUGCACAACGAGUGCCCUGCUGCUUUUCACUAAGGACUUUGAGGACCUGAAGGACUCAAGCAGGAGUAUUGAAUCUGAAGGAGAUUUGCCAAGAGACGAUGCUUCAAAAGAUGAACUCAAGGAAUUGGUAUGUAUCAAAAGUGAAAGUGAUGAGCCUGUCCCAGAAACUCUGGAUUGUAGUGAUUUGGCCGAAGCAACUUCAGAGUCAGCUUCAGCAGACUCUCCUUCAAAAGAAUCCAUUGUUCAGUGUCCACCAUUAGAAGCAGACACAGAUCUGGCUGCUACAGAGAAGGGAGAUGCUAAUCAAAGUGGUCAACUGGAAGCCGGAACUGAUGCAGAGAUGGAUGUUAGCCAACCUGAGGAAACAAAGGCUAGUGAAACAAUAGUCAACAUUGUCGAGAAUGGUAUAGAAAAGACUGCAGUAGAUUCUGCGGUGGUUCCUGAACCUCAAGAAAACGGCCAGGAAGAGGAUGCAGAAAGUGAUAUAGCAGACAGCUCAGUAGAAUCUCAAACUUCAGCAGUGGUACAAAUGGAAAGUAAUAACACGGAUUCUCCUCUGAAGUUAGAAGAACUUGAUGCGCUCACUUUAGCAAAGAUUAGUGAAAGCCCUAAUGGAGUACAGGCACGCUGUAUGUGGUCACCUUCAGCAUCUCCCUCUACCAGUAUUUUAAAAAGAGGUUUAAAAAGGCAACAGGAGGAAGAUUCACCAUCACCUGCAAACAAGAGCCGACGAGUUUCCUUUGCCAAUCCAAUCUACCAAGAAGAAUUGGCAGAUGAUAUUGACCGGCGAAGUCCUGUGGUUAGAACCCAUUCAUCUAAUGGGUCUCAAUCUUUACGAAGUACUAAACUUUCACCUAACCACCAAGCCAAGCAUAUUACCACUCCAACCAAAGGAUAUCUGUCCCCAGGAUCUCGUAGCCAUAAAUAUAAGAGCUCAAAGAAGUGUUUAAUCACUGAAAUGGUGAAGGAACCACUACAAGCUCCUACAGAAAGCAUAUAUCCUGCAUUGGUGGGCUGUAAAGCACCUGUUGACACAAUUUUGCCUCAGAUUGCUUCAAAUAUUUGGGCAAGGGGGUUAGGACAACUCAUUCGAGCAAAGAGCAUCAGGACUGUGGGUGACUUGAGUUCCUUGUCGGCAGCUGAGAUCAAAACUCUUCCCAUUCGUUCUCCCAAAGUUUCGAAUGUUAGAAGAGCUCUUAAAGGAUACCAUGAGCAACAGGUAAAAUCUCGUGGGUAUGAAGAAACUGCUGUUCCAGAUGAUAUAGAGAAGCCAUUCAAUUGCAUUGAUGAGAAGCCCUUUUCCCCAAAUGAAGACAAACUAGUAACAGACUUGUGUGAACCAGUUGCCUCCAGUGCAGAUGAGCACUCAACUGCAGACCUUGGUGCCCAGAUCAAUAUACUUGCUGCUCAGAUUACUUCUGAAAAUCUUCUCAGUUAUUCAGGGAGUGAACUCUUUGAAAUGCAAGAGAAACUUCAUAGCAUGACAAACUGUAUUAUGAAAAAUCUGCAGGCACGUUGGAAGUCUCCAUCCCGGGAAAGCACUGUUUAGUCAUUUGUUUUUAGUUUGUUGAAGAUUAGACUUCGUUACAAGACAUUUUGUUUGUAAAAUCCCAUAUUUUUUAUUUGAGCUGAACUUUUAGCCUUAUGUUUUUAAGUAAAAGUUGUUUUGGUAACUUAAGGCAGAUAUAGCAUCAAAGCGUAUAUCUUAAAAUUUCAAGUUCUGGCACUCACUAUUCAAAUCAAUAAUUUCCUUAUUGCUGCUAUCCACAGUUCCCCAAAUAACUUUUAAGAUGUUGAAACUCGUGAAACAUAACUUGUGUAGCAUAUUAACUAUAUUUUUCAAAUGCAAGCUUGAUCUGUAAUGCAUCAGACCUAUUGUAAAAGGCCAGAUUUCAUUGCUGUAAAUGAAACUUGAAGUGUUAACUGGUUUACCAAAAGUGAAACAGAUUGCCCAAGUAUUUUGGAAAGCACUGGUUUUAUAGAUUCUUUUUCAAAGUAUCUUUUUCAAUCACUUGUACACAGUCUAUUUUUGCAUGCAUUUAUUAUGCAAAUAGAAAUAUCAGUACAGAAUUCCGAUGAGAUUCUCAGGAUCAGAUUGCACGUCCUUAAUUUUUUUUAUAUACAAGAGAGCUAUUCUAGCCCCACUUCCUGAGUCACAAGUAGAAAAGACAUAAAUAACUGUAUAUUAUGUAUAGAGUUCCCAAUUUCAGAUGUUAUAAAUUAUGAUCUCUGUAUAAAAUGCACUAAUAUCUUUGGGUGGGAGAAAUCUUGAUUGUAUAGAGCAUACUGUGUUUGUUAGUAUGGACAAAGUUAACAAUGGGAUCAAUUCAACUGUUAGGAAAUACAUAUUUGAAUAAAAUAAUGAAAUGUU